AUGUCUAUUAAGGCUGAUACCGGGCCGAAAUUCUCGGGCCUUAUCGGGAAAGAACGCGGUGGACAGUAUGCAGCCUUCUCAGACGCUGGGUUCAUCGGUGUGGGAUAUCACAGGUGA